UAUCUUUAUAUUUAUAUAAAUUAUCUACAGGAUAACUGGUCCAGCUGGUUACUUUUAAUUAAAUUUAUUUUAAAUAUUAUUUAUUCUGAUAUUAUUAAGAUUAUUCUAUUUUUUACUAAUUACAGCUUUUAUUUUUAUAUAAAGUUUAAAUCUAUACCUGUAUUAAACUAA